CGAAGAGCUGCACGAGGACGAAAGAAAAUGAAAACUUGUAGCACGAUGUCUAGUAAUGGGAUAAUCGAUGAUGAGUACGUAAGUAGUUAAGUUGGUAGUGUCUUGUGUGCUUAGUAUCACAACUAGUUCUUCUUUUUUUGGGUGAAGAUUCAUUCAAUCACUUUUUUUUUGUGAAAAAUGUCUUCCACCUCCGAUGAAAUUCAUCCGCCCGCUACCGACAACCAGCUCUUCUACCACGUUUCCGUAGAAGUUUCGCACUCCUCGUCUCAGGAAAAAUGUCGCGGACAACUUCAGCAAGGAGAAGACGACGAGAAAGGGGACCCCUUCGAUGUUAACAGUUGUGCCAAUUUUCCUUUUACUGUAAAAGACACCACAUCGUCAAAAUGCUCCACCUCCUUCUGUGAUACUCCAAGCGUCGCUUGCUCCAGUAGUUUGUUAUGAUGAAUUUGUAGUAAAGCAUUUGUCUGAGACUGGUGUUGAGUAAAGCAUUUGUAGUAAAGCAAUUUUCCCUUUCGCGUUAUUCUCACUGGUUCUUCAGGAUUUUUAAGUCUGAGGCCAACUACUUACAGGAAUACAGCUGCACAAGUGAAGAACCAGCUGCAAGGCGGAGCUGUAGCCUCUUCUAGUUGUACUUCUAUCGUGGUCAUCCACAUGAAAAAAUUGCAUCAAUAAAACAUCAAAACGCAUGGAUAAAAUUCCAGUUUUCCUUUCAUACCUGGAGGAAGGGCAAAGCUGGAGGGAACUGUAUAAUACAGAUCCAGGGCAGCUGCAUACGGGAGCCGAUGAUGAAGUACUAGGAACUUCUUCUAUAGCAAGCAGAAGCAGUGCAGCCACAUCGAUAAGCACGACGUCUUCUAGUGGUGGCGCCACUUCCUUACCCUUUACAACAGGAUCAGGAAGUUACAAAGCACCAGGAGUUGGGAGGACCAACUACAACUCCAGCUGUAGUUUUCAAGAGGACGUGUACGGACGUCAAGAUGUAGCUGAAGACCACGUAGCUGAUGAUAGUCGCUCUGGGGGAUAUUUCGUGGAUGAUCAUGGGUUCAUAUCUAGAAACACUACAACAAUGGUGUCAACAUCAAACGAUGAAAUUGGGAGUGGUCAACCCAGAGGAAGGUGCGCUCAACCCAGAGGAAGAUGCACUGCGAGCGCAUCUUCUUCACCUCCAUCUGCAGAGGACAGCACGAAGUGCAAUGCUAGUCGUGAAGCAGUGGUCCGCAGUUGUCUUGAUAGUCUUGAUGAAGACCUCCUUCACUCACUCAGCAUAGCAGCACUUUUGCGAGCGUCAAAAGAUGUUCGAAAUAGAGCACAACAGCUGCUUCCCUCUGUUAACUUCUACAACUACCACAACGAAUCACGACAGCAAGACAAGGACAAAACGAACCAUGUUUAAGUUUGUAGCUCGUGCAUCUUUGACUGCAUCCUUGAAGCGUAUGGCAGAGUAUUCCAGGCCGAUACUCUGUGAUUAUACUUUUCAAGGAUACAGCUGGAAGAUGAGUUACGGAGAGCGUUAACAUGUCUUAGAGUUAGUAUCCAGUAGUCCUCAUCUGAUAGCAUAUGCGCUUUUGUCGGAUACGCAACUGUGGAGCCUGGUCGAGAAAUGCAUCAGCCAACGACGACGGGACAAAAGAGAAGUCGAAAUUCUCAUUGCAGCGCUGAUUACCGUGAUUACGGAAACAGUCUCUUAUUUUCAUGCUCAUGAACAAGAACUACACUUGUAUCUUUUUUCCUUUUCGUGUCAAGUUUAUAGUCCGUUUUUCGAAAUUUUUUAGAAGUCCGGCUUCAUCUACGACUGCGUCCGUGGAGGGUAUACCGAUUACGAUAUCACCUGAUUUAUUCUAACAAGAAGGACAGAAGUUCUUGUGCAUACAGAAGUACAUACCGAAAGUACAAGAAUGACAGAAGUUGUGCAUAGAUACGAAGGACAGAAGUGCAUACCGAUACCAGGAUUCCUAGAGCAAUGAACAAGUACAAGAAUGACAGAAGUUGUGCAUAGAUACCGAUGCCAGGAUUCCUAGACGAGCAAUGCUCGUCUUUUAUCUAAGACAAGAAAUCGCCGCCCAGACGCGCAGAUCGAUCCGGCUAUGCUAGUGCGUCUCUUGGAUUAUCGUGAGAGCUUUGGAAGGGCUGUUUCAUCACAACCAAGCAUAGAGCAGAGAGCUGGUGAACUAGAUGCUGCUUUGGCGUCGAUCAUAUUCCAAUUCCAAGAAGAGGAGAAGGGUAAGGGUAAGGAGAAGCCUUCAGAAGGUUGUAGUACCGCCACGACUCGUCUUGUCGUAAAAAGCAGAAUCCUAUGGUCCUCAAUAGUAGAAAAGGACCCUUCCCUACUAGCUCGCGCAGUGCUGUGUUGUACCGCUGCUCAGACCUUCGACAUCGUCGAGCAGUAUCACAAGGAGAAAGACUGCAGUGCGCUCUCUCAACUGGGGAAAGCCUUAGUUCCAGCCUAUGCCGCGCUCUUACUGAGCAAGAGUAUGCAGACAGGAGGGUCCUCUCUUCUCUCAAAUGUAGAUGGGAUCUUGCGGUCGCUACUUCUGCUUAGUGGUAUUGGCGACAACGCAGCGCUGAUAGGGGAACACGCUAUAGAACAGGUACUUCCGUUUGUGAUUGAGGGGAACGCGAACGCACUAAGACUCGUGGCAAAUGUAAGCAUGAUGCACGCUGGAGCACGCGAAUUGGCACAACAAAAAUGUUUCAGUUAAGGUGAGCUUCUCUUUCAUCUCUCACUUCUGGUUUUGCAACGAGCUAUAUUUUUACCUAUUAAGUAGUUCUAGUCGCAGUUGUAGGUGGGGACUUCUAGUUCUAGUACUUGUAGUUUUAGUAUGGGGCUUCACGACUACAACAAGAACAACGUGCAUCUUCUAACUCCCAGCAGUCCAUUCUAUGCUUGCGACAGCUGAAACAGAUGCACCAUUAACUGCGAUUCACGGCAUCACCUACAUGAAUACGAAAGCGUGCGCAGAACUUCAUUCUCUCGGUCUUCCCGAUUUGCACAAGCAUACUGGACAGUGUUUGCGUAUUUUUGAAACUUUGAUUGUAGGUCUUGUUGUAGUUGUACUAGGUCUAGAUCUAGUAUUUUGACGACUUCAAGGUAUUAUAGGCAGUUGACCUUUCUUCGUCUUGUGUCCUCCUUCUCCUGUAACCGUAGUUUUUAACAGAUGAAUAAAACAUGCAAGAGCAGCAAAAAUUUCAGGUGUAUAUUGCCUCUGCACGAUGCAGGACAUGGAAAUGAAGCGGAAAAUUGUAGAGCGUGGAAUUUUCGAAGAGGUUUGGGAGUUGCUCCUAGCGCAGGAAAAGGAACGAGAAAUAGUCUGUCACGGCUUGGCGCUUCUCAACGUGGUGUAUACGGAUUUUUCGGACUCGUCAAAGUUGGAUUUUCCGGUUCGUAACGAUAUUCCUGGCGGGCACACGAUCUAUCUAGCGACGCCUCGUGGCAGUGGUUUGUCGUCGAGUUUUCCUAUCACGCCACGUGACAUUCCGGACGCUGACCAACUCCAACAGCAGGAUGACGUCACUUUCUUCAUCUAUGAACGUCUUGUGUUGCGCUUACUCAAAGCGUAUCCUUUCGACGCUGAGGUGCAGGAAAACGGACUCGAAAUGCUAACGCAUUUAGCUCGUAGCUGUGACGAAUCUCGUUUUUUUCUCAGGGCGCAAGGAGCAGAUAUGCUACUGAAAAUCGCGAGCGAACAGUUCCCGGAUAAUGAAGACAUCGCACUGCUGGGGACAGCAGCUAGAUCCGCCCUAGACGGCAAACGGGGAAAGAGUUCUUGGAGACUUUUCUAG